AUGCAAGUCCUGGCAGGCACCAUCACUGCUGGGGCUGGAGCGGCAGCUGCCGGGUCUCGGCAGCACCUAGCGGUGCAGGCCGGCGGCGGCUUUGGCAAGCCGGCUGAGAAGAAGAUUAGCAAGCAGAAGGCCUGCCCCUGCGGCUCAGGACUGGAGUACAAGGACUGCUGCCAACCAUACCACGCCGGCGGCCUGCCCGGCACGCCGGAGCAGCUGAUGCGGAGCCGGUACUCUGGCUACGUCAAGGGGCUGUGGCAGUACAUCGAUGAUGUCCUGGCUACCAUCGACAAGCUGGGCUUCGAGAGGCUCAAAGUGCUGAGCGUGGAGCCGGGGAAGGACGAAGACGAGGGGUUUGUGACCUUCCAGGCCUGGUUCAAGAACCGGGGGCAGCUGGGGCAGCGCGCGCAGGGCUGGCACACGCAGACGUUUGUGGAGCGUAGCCGCUUCCUGCGGGAGGACGGCAAGUGGCUGUACGUGGACGGCGAGCAGGACUGGAAGCGGUAG